UUUUGCGUUUUGCCCAAUAAAAUGGCCCAUGUUCUCAUCCAUCUUCCAGAAUUCAAUUCCAAACGUAGUCGAGGGUGUAGUAGUAGUGGAGGGAAAAGAGGAGGAGAGGAGGGUUGAAGAUUGGGGGGAAAUUGAAAAGAUGCCGGUGGCAAGACCAGAAUCAUCGGAUUCCAGGGUUAUUGCUCACAUUGACAUGGAUUGCUUCUAUGUUCAAGUUGAGCAGCGUAAGCAGCCAACUCUAAGAGGUCAUCCUACUGCUGUCGUACAGUACAACUCCUGGAAAGGAGGAGGGCUUAUUGCUGUGGGUUAUGAGGCUCGUAAAUAUGGAGUCAAACGUUCUAUGCGAGGCGAUGAAGCAAAGAAAGUAUGUCCUGAUAUUCAGCUUGUCCAAGUUCCUGUGGCUCGCGGUAAAGCGGAUCUGACUGUGUACAGAGAUGCUGGUUCAGAGGUUGUAUCAAUCCUUUCAAGAAAGGGCCGAUGUGAGCGCGCUUCUAUAGAUGAAGUGUAUCUAGAUCUUACUGAAGUUGCAGAAACAAUGUUAGCUGAAAAUCCCCCAGAGAGAUUGGAAACAAUUUGUGAAGAAGCUUUUAAAUCUCAUGUAUUGGGGCUUCAUUUGGAUGGAUCCAGCAAUCAAGAUUCUGUGAAGAAAUGGUUUUAUAUGAGUGAUGCUGAUCGCCGUGAUAAAUUAUUAGCCUGUGGAGCCCUUAUUGUUGCUGAGCUUAGACUGGAAGUCUUGAAAGAGACUGAAUAUACCUGUUCUGCUGGCAUAGCUCAUAAUAAGAUGCUGGCUAAACUUGCAAGUGGUAUGAAUAAGCCUGCUCAACAAACCAUUGUGCCUUUGUCUUCUGUUUCGACACUGCUUGAAUCCCUACCUAUAAAAAAGAUGAAGCAGCUUGGGGGGAAGCUUGGAAACUCUUUGCAGGCAGACCUUUGUGUGGACACUGUCGGGGAUCUAUUGCAGUUCUCAGAGGAUAAGCUUCAAGAACGCUAUGGCAUAAAUACUGGUACUUGGUUAUGGAAUAUUGCCAGGGGAAUCUGCGGGGAAGAGGUUGAAGGACGGCUGCUGCCCAAGAGUCAUGGUUCUGGGAAAACAUUUCCUGGACGUCAAGCUCUUAAAACCAUCUCCUCUGUACAAAAAUGGAUAUAUGAACUUUGUGAAGAACUGAGUGAACGUCUUGUUCGUGAUCUGGAACAAAAUAAACGCAUUGCUCAUACUCUUACCUUGCAUGCAAGUGCGCACAAGUUGAAUGACUCAGAAUCACUUAAAAAGUUCCCUUCAAAGUCCUGUCCGUUAAGAUAUGGGAUCGCCAAGAUUCAAGAGGAUGCCCUCAACCUAUUUCAUGCUGGGCUACGUGAAUAUAUUGGAAUCCACCAUGCUAAGAUGAAGCAACACAAUGAGUGGGCAAUAACGGGUCUCUCUGUCUCAGCCAGUAAAAUAGUUGCGACCCCAUCUGGAACACACUCAAUUACGAAGUACUUCGGUAAUAAAAAUCAAACUAGCAGUUCUGCGCUUGAAUCAAAUGACAUACACACUCAGGAUGCUGCAUAUCUAUCAUCCUCAGGUAUUGGAAGCUCUGUGGAGCUACAUUUGUCUGAACCGCAAAUAGCAAAUUAUGAAGAUGAAGCAAGUGAUAAGCAUGACAUGCCAUGUUUUAAUCCAGAUGGAGAUGAAACGGAAGUGUGUAAGGAUUCAGUAUUCACGACUAAAUUUGCAGAACAAGAUCCAACUUUGUUUGGGAUGAAAGAGCAAAGUAAUGGGAUCACAGAAGAAAUUUCUUUAUCAUGCUCAGGUAGUGAAAAGGGCUUGGCAUCAAAAGUCACUCAGUCAAAGAUGGAUUUCCUUGGACCUGUUUUGAAAUCAGAGAAACAGAAAAGGAAGUUUGAAAAGGAAAAGGUUACACAUUCCUUGUUCCAUUAUGGGUUAAAAAUUGUGAUAUGCGAUAUUUCUGCUUUGAGCAUUCUCUCUGGGAGCAUCUCGUGUCUCAUUGACAUUGAUCACCUUAUGCUAGCUAAAUAUGUUCAUCAAUUGUUUUGUCAGGGAAAUUCAUCUAUCUUGAAAUAUUUUGCUAGUGGCAACUCUUGCUCUUUUCCUGAGCCUCGCCAUGUUAAGACUUUUCAAGAGAGAGGAGCAUCUUCGUCAGGUAUGUCGGUUCAAGGAAACCAGCAGCAGCCGAUGAGUGGGACUACCCUGAGCACAUGCAACUUGGGACAAGAUGAUUUAAGAAGUGAUACGUGGAGGAGCUACAAGAGUGAUGAGAUUGACCCUAGUGUCUUGAAAGAAUUACCACCGGAAAUUCAGGCAGAAGUGCGUGCUUCUUUUCAGCCACAGAAGCGUGCUAAUAUUGUGAAAAGGGGUUCUAGUAUUGAUCACUAUUUCUCACCAACUGCAAACUCAUAGUUCAUAUUGGCCCUAGAAUCCCCUUCUAUGUUGUUAAGCAUAGAGCUAAAAAUACAAGUUUGUACUUGAGUUCAGGAUUGAAUAUGAUUAAACUGAUAUAAAAUUGCAUGUGUAAAAAAGUGAAUAUUAUAAUAUGUACAGUUGAAUAUGUAAUUACUAGUGAAACCUUUCUUCCUUUA